AUGUUGAGUAACUUCGGUGCUGAUAAGUGAGUUUCAAUAUUUCAAAUUUUCAAUAUAAAAAUGUUUUUUUCAGGAAUUACGAAACCCAAAAAGACUACUUUGGCAAUAAAUGUUUGUAUCAUGUAACUGUAUCUAAAUUACAGUAAUCUGUAUCAGAUUGUGCUUCAGGAACAGAAUAUGACGAUUAUUUAUCGACCGGUCAAAUUGAAUAGCGUUUGUGACGCGUUAUCAAGAUACAUUGGAAGUAUAAAAUUCAUGGAGAAAAUGAAAAUUUGGAGAAUGUUCCUGCAUAAAGAACGACAGGAUGCAAUGCGUUUGCUGUUGAUUUUAUAA